GGGACGAAGUAGGUAUUAGUAAAAUGUGGAUGUAGCCAUCAUCAUUAUAGUAGGACCUAAUAGAUUGAAUUAUACGACGCUUGUUCCUAUACAUCAACAUUAAUCAUCCGCCUUUACCAUCUGAUCUUAUGCCCUCACUAUUUACCAGAUCUUGUCAACAGCUUAUUGGUACCUGGUCUUUGGAUCGCUGCAUUACCUACUCACUUGCAUUGCAAAACUUCGGCUAAAUUAUCAGCCUUUCUCUCUUCCUCCUUUCUCCACAACUUCUGUUUGUAUUCUAGAAGAGACAAUUCUGUAUCUCGAUAACUCUACAAACAUUGCAAUUACACAUUCGGAAACCCAGAUCAACACGCAUUACGUCUAUAUAAGCAAAAUGGCAACCCCUCAACAACCAGCUGAAGAGCACCUGGCAGCUCAGAUUAAGUCGGUCGACAUGAGCGACGACAUGUCAGACGAGGCUGUUGAAGUUUGUCGACAAGCUAUGGCUAAACAUUCGGUUGAGAAAGAUAUCGCACAAUAUAUCAAGAAAGCUUUUGAUGAGAAGCGAGGUCCAACAUGGCAUUGUAUCGUUGGUCGAAAUUUUGGAUCAUUUGUCACGCAUGAAACAAAACACUUCAUCUACUUCUAUCUCGGCCACUGUGCGAUUCUCCUCUUCAAGACCCAAUGAACGUUUCGUUUUCGCCCACAAACGGCACGAACAACUCUUACUUUUUUGAGAAAGGUUUCAAUGUAACAAUGCAGAGGAUUUAAAAGAGGACAAACAAUAAUGAGAUGAAGCGGUGUUUAGGAAAGGACGUCACAAAUUGGCCUGGCGUUUGUUUUUUCAAUUGUCGGACAUGUUAUGGUAUCUGGAGAAGUUGAAUCAGAAAUUUCUUACAAAUUGUGUAUGCAAUCUGCGGUGUGUGGCUCUCGUUGAUCGCCCAAUAAUCA